AUAUUGAUCAAUUGUGUGUUUACAGGUGAAUUAGACGCGGAAACAGCCAAAGUCAUGUCAUUGCCAAGGUGUGGAGUGCGAGACAAGGUGGGCUUCGGAGAGAGCCGAGCCAAACGAUAUGCACUGCAGGGUUCAAGAUGGCGUGUUAAGAACCUGACUUACAAGAUCUCGAAGUACCCGUCGAAGUUGAACCGCGCGGAGGUGGACGCCGAGCUUGCCAAAGCCUUCUCAGUGUGGUCUGACUACACAGACCUUACCUUCACGCAGAAGAGGUCCGGACAAGUCCACAUCGAAAUCAGGUCAGGAUCUUACGUAUAUUUUAUGUAUUAACUAUGCUAUUGGACA